ACUUGACGCACGUGUAGUGAAAACUGAAAAGGUCACAAUUUUUUAAGUGCUCUUGGAAAUAUUUUAUUUUUGUUAUAUACUGGGUUCCCUAUUUGAACCCACACCUUCCCCUCUGCCCUGAUCCCUAAAUUCUAAUGGACAUGGACCAAAACCAAAUGUUGAAUGAUGACUCAAAAGUCAAAAUAACUAUCAGACUAAUAAUGCAAGGAAAGGAGGUGGGCAGCAUCAUAGGAAAAAAAGGAGAAAUUGUUAAAAGGUUUAGAGAAGAGAGUGGCGCCAUAAUAAACAUAUCCGAUGGAUCGUGUCCCGAAAGAAUCGUCACAGUCAUAGGAGUAACAAGUGCCAUUUUCAAAGCAUUCACACUGAUAUGUAAAAAGUUUGAAGAGUUCCAGGAGAUCAACAGCGUGAGCACGGGCGUUCCGCGGCCGCCCAUCUCGCUACGGCUCGUCGUGCCCGCCAGCCAGUGCGGCUCGUUGAUCGGCAAGGGCGGCUCCAAGAUCAAGGAGAUCCGCGAGGUGACGGGCGCCUCCAUUCAGGUGGCCUCCGAGAUGCUACCCAACUCGACCGAGCGGGCGGUCACGCUGUCCGGCACGGGGGAGGCGAUCACGCAGUGCAUCUUCCACAUUUGUAACGUCAUGCUCGAGUCCCCUCCCAAAGGAGCAACCAUCCCCUACCGCCCCAAACCCCCAGUAGGCGGUCCCGUGAUCCUGGCCGGCGGACAGGCCUACACCAUCCAAGGCAACUACGCCGUGCCCGCCCACACAGACGUAAGUAGUCCGACGACACUAAUCGCCGCCCCCCCCUCCGCCCUAUUCUCCCACCAUUGUCCCCACCCGCCCCUGCCCGUGCCGAUGGCCGCCCAGGCCGCCCCGGCGCAGGCGCAGUUCUACUACGGCGGCGACAAGAACAACGGACCGUUUCUGCAGGCCGCCAUGCCGCCCGCGCAUCUGCUCGUGCCGCCCGACGUUGCGAGCUUGGGAAAGAAUCCUCUUGCUGGUUUAGCUGCUCUGGGUUUAGGAGGAUUGGCGCAAUCUAAUCCGGGUGGUAUCAAUCCUGCUGGCUCGCAACUGCGCACCUCCAACUCGCGCAGCCCGCAGAACACGAACCAACAGACGCACGAGAUGACAGUGCCCAACGAGCUGAUCGGCUGCAUCAUCGGCAAGGGGGGCACCAAGAUAGCGGAGAUCAGACAGAUCUCGGGGGCGAUGAUCCGCAUCUCGAAUUGCGACGAUCGCGACACUGGUGCUUCGGACAGGACCAUCACUAUCACCGGCAAUCCGGACGCGGUCGCGUUGGCCCAGUAUCUGAUCAACAUGAGAACCCCCACCUCGCCCCCAUCACAUCUCAUAGCUAAACACAUCCCGUACGUUCUCUGUCUUUUGUUCCCUAGUGUCGAGCUGCAGAAAGCUAACCUCGAGGCCCAAAAUUCCCCAAACACAGGCGCUGGCACCGCCAGCCAGUCCUCCACCGCCUCCACCAAUGCCGCCUCAUCCCUAGCCAGCGCCAUCCCUAUCGCCCAGCUGCUCUCCAAGCCGGGGGCGCUCAACGCGCUGACCAGCCUCAGCGCCUUGGGCGGCCUCUCGGAGUUGCUAGGGGCGGCCGCGAAUCAGGGUUCCGCCCCGGCCGUGCAGACGACGGGCGUGCACCGCCCGCACAAGGGCAGUUACGCGCCUCGGCUGAGGUCGCCGGGCGGCAACGCUUCAGAGGGGUCGAAAUUAAAGAGCGAGCGCAACAAGUUCAAUCCGUAUUGA